CAAAAAAUGAAUUCAAACUCAGACAAGUUGACUCAAACAAAUAUGACAGAAAAUACAAGCCUGACUUCAUUAGAAAGUGGAUUUGUUAGUUUAAAUGAACUUAAAACAAAAGAACAAAUGGCUGUUGAAAAUGCUGAAAUUUUUGCAAAAAUUGGAAAGAUCGUCAAUUAUUUCAAGGAGUUGGGUGAAAAGAUAAAUCUUAUGGCUAAGAAGUCGUGGCAAGGCACUACAACUUGUCUUUCAUCAGUCUGCACCAAAAAUUGGCUAACCAACAACUUUUUGUUAAUAAUGUUUGUAUUACUGCUUGUUACUUUAUUUGCGGAUCUAUCUACCUACUCUAUCAUUAACUACAUGUAUAUCAAAUCUGAUAAGGAGCCUGAUUUAUUUUUAGUAAUUUUGCAUGCUUCAAUGUCAUUUUAUUUGGUAUUUUUCCCAGUCUUGCUUAUCUAUAGUUUUGUUUUCAAAUUGAUUUCAUCUGUUCGACCUUCGAUUGACUCAAAAUGGUUUUUGAUUAUUUCUAAAAUAAUUCCAAAUCUCUUUGUUUCAAUCUUACUGAGUUUUCUAUUUAUAAUUAUGAUCUGUUUCUAUUAUGGUUUUUUAAGUCAUAUUUUUGAUGAUAUGGAUGCUAUAAUUAUCUUGAAAAUUUAUUUAUUCUCUUUACAUUGGAUACUAUUUUUUUCUUUUUCAUUUUCAACCUAUUUAAUCAACCUUCCUACAAGGCAGGGUAAUACUUUGGUGGUUUAGACCUCCCAUUUUUAUAAUCCCCUGACCAUUUUGUGCUUUUUUGACCAUUUUGAGCCCACUGACCAUUUUGAGCUUUUUUUGCUUAAUCUAUUCUUUAUUAUAUAGCACUCUAGAGAGCUCUUCAAGCUGAUUCGAUGAUACCAAGAUAGGUUGGAUUUGAUAAUUUUAACA